UUGGGGGAUUCGGCGGCUUGAGCGCGGACGCUAGCCCGACUCGAAGACGCCUGUGUCGGCGAAAAAAGUGCUCGAGCGGAGCCUCGGCCACCGACGGGGAUGAGGACGAGUAGAAAGUGCGGUUCCCUUGAGCCGGGGGGGGGGAUGCGGAGGGACGCCGUCGAAGAAGAAAAUCAGAGGGCCGUCCACUCGGCAUGAACACCAGUCGCAACUGCACCCUGCUGGGGAGCGGCGGCGGGCUGGCCGCGCUGGAGUCCGUCUCCAUCGUGACCAUCACCCUGCUGGCCUGCCUGGGCAACCUCCUGAUCGUGGCCACGCUCUACCGCCGCCCCUACCUACUGACACCAAGCAACAAGUUUGUGUUCAGCCUGACUCUGUCCAACCUGCUGCUGUCGGCCCUGGUCCUGCCCUUCGUGGCCGUCAGCUCGGCCAAGAGGGAGUGGGUCUUCGGCGUGGUGUGGUGCAACUUCACCGCCCUGCUCUACCUUCUCAUCAGCUCGGCCAGCGUGCUCACCCUGGGAGCCAUCGCUAUCGACAGGUACUACGCAGUGCUCUACCCGAUGAUCUACCCAAUGAAGAUCACAGGGAACCGGGCCGUGGUGGUCAUCGCCUACGUGUGGUUGCACUCCCUGGUGGGCUGCCUGCCCCCCCUGUUUGGUUGGUCCUCUUUUGAGUUUGAUUGCUUCAAGUGGACCUGUGUGGCGUCGUGGCACCGCGAGCCGGCCUACACGGCCUUCUGGGUGGCUUGGUGCAUCCUGCCGCCCUUCCUGGUCAUGCUGGCGUGCUACGGCGUCAUUUUCCGCGUGGCCCGCGUCAAAGCCCGUAAGGUGCACUGCGGAACAGUGGUUGUGUCCCAGGAGGAGGGCGGUGGCUCACAGAGGAACGGACGCAAGAACUCGAGCACAUCCACGUCAUCCAGCGGCAGCAGGCGGAGCUUGGUGUACUCGGGGAGCCAGUGCAAGGCCUUCGUCACCAUCCUGGUCGUGAUCGGGACUUUCCUCAUGACCUGGGGGCCCUAUGUGGGCGUGGUUUGUACAGAGGCCCUGUUCGGACAGGGCAGCGUCUCCCACGGGCUGGAGACUCUGGUGGCGUGGCUGUCCUUCUGCAGUGCCGUGUGCCACCCGCUCAUCUACGGUCUUUGGAACAAGACGGUGAGGAAGGAGCUUCUGGGGAUGUGCUUCGGUGAUCGUUACUACAGAGAGUCCUUUGCCACACGGCACAGGACUUCGCGCCUCUUCAGCAUCUCGAACAGGAUAACAGACUUGGGGAUGUCACCCCACCUCACGGCCAUGUUGGCCGGCGGAGGGCAGCUGCUGGCCCCGGGGAGCAGCACUGGAGACACGGGCUUCAGUUUCACUCAGGACUCGUGUACAGAUGUGAUGCUGCUGGACAACCUUUCCACUGAUGGCUCAUCCCAUCCACAUUAUCCCUUCCAUCCAUCUGGGAAGAGGAGGAGCUCUGUUACCUUUGAAGACCAGGUGGAGCAUUCUAAAGCUGAGCACAUGGCGUCAGUGCAGGUCCAUGCCGAAGUCCACGAGUCCCUGGACACCUUCGCCUCCUGCCUGGCCAAAGCCAUCGAGAGCGACGCCAAACUCGCCCUCUUCGGGGACAUUAUGGCCCUUCCGGCGGGGCUCUUCACGGCCCGGCCGGCACCCAGGUCCAGAUACCCGGACGGUCAAAGACUGAGGCUAGAAAGCAUCGACGAAGGCAUCGUCAAGGACAACAAUGACGAGCAGGACUCAGAUGAUGCCGGCCUGAGGUCGGCCAGUCCGCUGGCAUUUCUUCCAGGUCGAUUAUUCAGACUCUGAACACCUGUUACGCUUUGUCGUGACAGACUGAGAAGACAAAAGGGUGCACAUUCUUCAUUCCUACAUUCACAUAGGAAAACCUCAACCACUGCAACCUUAUUGCUGCUUUUCCAGCUCUCUCUCUCUCGCUCUAUUGUUUAGGCCAGUCUGUAAGGAGGUAUUUUAUCCAAGAGGAGAAUGAGGGCAGCAAGAAAACCGGCUGCUGCAGUAAAGUGAAGACUGUGGCGUACGCAAAGGUGACCACAAAUAGACUCGACCAAUGAGUGACGAGCAGGGGUUUGCAUCACCCAUAUUUUAUAUCAAGAUGAGCCCAAGUCACUGAGCACUGGCUAUAGUGCCUAAUUUUGUCAAUGGAAAAGUUUCAAGAACGAGUAGAGCUGAGCCAAGUAGGUACCAUGCAGUAAACGGGGGAAUACAUUUAUUUUAGUACUGUAGUCCGUUUACUAAUAUUAAACAUUGUUCGAUUUCCACAAUGGCAGAACAAAUAGUUAUCACCCAAAUAGCUUGCUUGAUAAUACUAGUCUGUUUGUAAUUGACAUUUCUGUCAAAUCUCUGCCAAAGAGUAAAAACACACUUGUGGAGUUAAUACUUUAAAUGCUAACUGAGCUGAAGUCUAUUGUUUGAUUUUUGAGGCAUAGACUUCCAAAUUGUUCCAAAAGUCUUGGGCCAUUCCAUUUUAGAUGUGCCACUCUGCCAGGUUGUAGUGUGUGCAAACUGUCAAAUGACAAUGUGCAAGAUGCACAUUGUGUGUGUGUCAUGCGUGCGUGCACGUUUUUAACCCGACGCCAGAGUUCCAAAUGGAACUGUGAGAGGAUGUUGUGUAAAGCAUUUAAAUAAGCACAUUGAUGGCGCUUCAGUCUUACCUCGUAUGUGAUCUUUUGAAUGGUACUACUUUGUCUUUGUUUUUUUUGUACAAGGACAGUGAGCUGUAACCUUUAAUUUUCACCACAUUGUUACUAAAACUUGUAUUGAGUUUCUAUAAAACGUUUUGUACAAAAGUGUCCGCAGUGCAGUUUUGUUUUAGUCACAUGGAGUGCAUAUGCAGUGAGUCAGCCGAGUGAGUGAGGAGCAGCAAGUUUGUCACGCAGACAUCGU